AGGUGGGAUUCUCUAGUACAGACUAGAGGAUGGAUUAUCUGUUUAGUAGGUGGUAUUCAUUUAAAUAUAUCAAUGAAUAUUAUGGUUCAUCCUCUCCUUUGACGGCAAAGUGCGAUUUAGAGGAUCCGCUCUCAAAUUAUGGUGGAUGAAAACGGAUUUUUCAAAUGAAAGGGUGGGUUGAUGUAAAAUAGUAAGUCAAAUAAUUUUCAAAUAAAGCUGUUAUUUUAAUAAUUUUGGGGGGUAAAUUGAAAUUUCAUGAAAGCAAUAAAUCCAUGGAUGCCUCCUCGAAGCUCGCUCGCUCUCUCCCCGAGCUAAUUGCACCAUGCGCUUCCACUGGAGCUCCUCCUCUCUUCUCCCAUCUUCUCUCUCCUCCCGCUUCCCUCCCCGGAAUCCGCCGCCGGUUCUCACGCAUAGACGAGUCAUGCAGGAGGCUGUCUCCUUCGCCGUCGCUUCUUCCCUGCCGCUGGGAGUCGCCGACCUCGUCGACCUCGCCCGCAACAAGGUACUACAGCAGAUCAAUAGCACGAAGUGAGCAUUUUGUGCGCUGUUUCCGCUUCUUGAAGGUAGUAGUGGCGGCCGCGAUCGCUGGUACCAUCGAGCAGCUCUCCAAGCCGCUGGCCUCGGCGAUUUCUGGGAAGGGCAUCGACCUCCGGACGGCAGUCCGGUCGGGAGGCAUGCCGUCUGCUCAUUCCGCUGCUGUUACUGCUGCGGCUACUUUGCUUGGCCUAGAUAGGGGAUUCUCAGAUUCGGUUUUCGGCAUGUCUGUGGUAUUUGCUGCUCUAUUUAUGUAUGAUGCUCAGGGUGCCCGGAGAGAGGUAGGCAUUCAUGCCAAAAUCCUCAACAAGAUCCAAAAUUCCCAAGCAGAGCCAACAUCUCAAAACUGGGAAGAAGAUGACUGCCAGAGCAAAAGACUAAGAAGUUCCUCCAUGAAUUGUGAACAGAAUUCUCCUGUCGUCUCCAUUUCUUCUGACAAGGAAGACUCAUACUUAUUCCAAAGACCUGCUGCAAUCACAUCUAGUGAGGUGAAGAUUUCAGAUUGCACAAAAGUGGAUAACACCAAAGAACCCAUUCCCAUGGAACAGUACAAUCACAGGAAUUGAAUGAAUCAGUUGGCCAUACAGAGAUUCAAGUUAUAGUUGGUGCCUUAUUAGGUUUAGUUGUGGGUGUAGCCACAGAACUUACUUUGUGAUACUCAUACAGAAGAAGAAUCAUCAGAUCAUUUUUUCCUUUUUAUUUUGACAAUUUAAUUUUAUAUUGAUAUAAAUGAUUUAUUAGGGGAUUCAAGUAAAAGGUUGGUUGUUAUUGGUGUAUGUAAAUGAUAUAAUCUCUUUAUAAUACAAUUUAUUAA